UACACUUUUCUGAGUCGGGAACUGCCGGAGGCGCGUCUUGCUCUCACCAGAUUUGCAACCAGAUGACAACAAACUCCCCGCCGUCCGUCAUACUUACGGAUGCACUCGCGUCUCUGAAUAAGGCAGUAAACAUCGCAUUCACGAGCUUACAGGAUCAAACACGUCAAGAAGUCACACAAGCAUGUGCUGAAGCACGAGAAGCGCGUCGCGAGCGGGAUGAAGCUGUUAAGGCUCUCCAUGAGCUUAGGAUUGAGGAGCAGGCGUGGAAGCAAGAGGCUGGUGCUCGACAGUCUGUUGUUGAGCAAGCCGAGUUGACUAUAAAACACAAUGCAGAGACGAUCGCUCAGCUUCGCUACGAGUCCGAGCAGUGGAAACAGCAGUGUCUCCGUCUCGAAGACACGUCGCGCCAGGAAGCCACCAGCUGGAAGGAGCAGUUCCUACGCGUCGAGCAGGAGCGCUACAAGCUUGCAACGCGUGUGGAUGAGCUUAUCGAAGAGCAGCUUUCUCAUACUGUCCAAACGCAUGCGUCUAUCACUCCAUUCACGACAAUGCUCCGUUACCCCAACACAACCGCAAGCACAAGUCUUAGCGAUCCAUCCGCAUCCACACGCCACCGUUUCCCUCCCUAUACCUCCGAACUUCCUGACGAAUCCAUAUCUGCAUCGUCUUCCAGAGCACCCAAACCCAUAUCCACACAACAACUCCCCACUCCUAUUUCCGCAAACCGCAAGGCCUCCGGAGACAAGUCAAAGCAGUACCUAAUCCGACGCGUUCAGGCUGUGAUCCAGGUGCCCGUAAAGGAGGAGAGCGUGGAGAACACCAUUUCUGAUGAAACACCGUCUGCAUCAAAUUAUUCUGCAUCAUCAUCAUCAAGCUCGGGUUCAGGAUCCACAGUACCAGGAUCUAGGAGACCAACUUCAGCCAUCUCGAGUAAAACCAUACCCAAACUCAGCAAACCUACCAGCGCCCCUAGUAAAACUGGACAGGGUACUAACAAUAUUGUCUCAGCCACCAGCAAAUCCGCAUCACUGAACAGCAAGCCUACGUCGGCUGCAUCCACUAAAUCCGCACCACCACCGUCGAAAUCUACAGCAAGGCCUGGUAAAGCCACACUCUCUGGGACUGGCAACAAAUCAGUAUCGAAUACCGCUACCAGCUCCUCGUCCCGUCCCGCCCGCAAAAUACACACUAAACGACAGUAUGUCGAGAUUGAUGAAGACGAGGAUGGAGAAGAUAAGAUAUCAGAGAAGUCAGGUAGUGAUGCGACUGCCGAAGACGAAGUUGAUUCUUCAGAAGAGGAAGAAGACGAGCUUACGCUGGGGGCAGAGGAAAACCGCCGUGAAGUUUAUGGCACUAAGCGCAUAGCAGCUACGAGCAGUAUGAAAGCCGUGUCGCAGGCGCCGGCGAAAAAGAGGAAGCUGAUUUCAAGCACGACGGCCAUAAUAACGGGUAGUGGGAAAAAGCCUCCUGCGAAGAGUGCGCGCGGGUGAAAGCCCCUGCCAGUGGUGCGGAUGGUUCACCGGAGGCCUCGGAAUUUCCAUAUGAAAUUAUCGCUAUCUAUGAUCACUCGUGCGAGUUGAUGCCUCAUUUUGUAUGAUUAUGAUGACACCAAAUCUAAAGCGCUUACAAGAUACCAAUACAC